GGUGUGGUGGCGCUGUAUGCUGUGUGUGAGUGUGAAUGCUUCAAGUAUUUCAUACACACGAGCUAGUCAGUCAACCAGUCACAUACUACACUGUAUAUACACUUUCUUUUGUCAAUGUUUUGAAAAUACCCACAUCUCACGAAGUCAAUGUGAACACAGAAGAAUAUUCGCAGCGUGAAAAGUCGCAGAUGUGCACAGCAGCACACAUUUUAUAAAACCAUAAACAAAUCAUUUGUACACAUUUUACAAUUGUAGCAAAUAAAAAUUGUUUCUUCUCUGCUUUCGUAAAUCCUGCAAAUAAAUCCGCGAUAGUUUUUAAUACGACAAUUGGUUUUCAACGUGAGAUUGACGACGACGACGACGACGACGAAGAUUACUGAGUAGAAUAAAACAGAGAACAUUCUUCGUUUCUUUUUUUUGUCCUGUGCUUGAUUUGAUAUCACAUCAUUGUGGCAACGGCGACGGAACAAGUGUGUGCACGAAUUAAUUUUUCAAAGUGAGAAACACAAAGAAAUUCUUGCGACGAGCAUCGAUAGUGGUUUUUUUUUUGGAUUUUGUCAAAGGUAUUUGGAUAUUAGUACAAUCAACCGUACAAAAUGGCACCAAAGGAACGAAAUAUUGCAAUGAUGGGCUAUCGAUCAGUGGGUAAAUCAUCGCUCAGUAUUCAAUUUGUGCAGGGACAAUUUGUCGACUCAUAUGAUCCAACCAUCGAAAACACCUUUACAAAAGUAACACGUAUCAAUUCAACGGACUAUGAAAUCAAAUUAGUUGACACAGCCGGACAGGAUGAAUAUAGUAUAUUUCCAACGCAAUAUAGCAUGGAUUUCCAUGGAUAUGUAUUAGUAUAUUCGAUAACGAGCCAAAAAUCAUUCGAAGUCAUACAAAUCAUUUAUGAAAAACUUCUAGAUGCUAUGGGCAAAACACAUGUGCCUGUGGUGCUAGUUGGAAAUAAGACAGAUUUACAUCAAGAGCGUGCUGUUUCAUAUGAAGAGGGUAAAAAAUUGGCCGAAUCGUGGCGUGCAACAUUUUUGGAAACAUCUGCCAAGCAGAAUGAAUCUGUUGCCGAUAUAUUUCAUUCGAUAGUGUUGCAGGUCGAACGAGAGAAUGGAAAUACCCAGGAAAAAAGUAGCUGCUGCAUUUCUUGAACUGCAUCUCUCUUUAUCGUUGUUCCGUCAAACGAAUCGUUGUCGACACCCACACUAGAAUUAAACAAAAAAUAGUUCAUUUGGGAAUAAGCUGUUCAUACAUACAUAAAUUCUGGUCGAUGUAACACAAACACACAACAUUCGUCAGAAGAAUCAUUCGAGCAAAUUGCAAGCAUCAACAAAACUAGCAAAUCACACACACACUAAACAAUGCAAAAGGAAGAACUGAGACCACCAUCAUCCCUUUUUCUUACUGGAGACACACAUUCAUAUAACAAACAAAUAGAUGAAGAAACAAUAAGUCAGUUGUGCGUGCCCACGUUUUUUCUUGUUCGAUUUGCUUAAAACAACAGUUUUUUCGGUGGUUCAAAUGCAAACACAAUAAAUCUUUCUAGAACAAAACAAACAGAUAAAAUUCAUUCAGCGCAAUUUGCAAUCCAAAAACAAACGGUUCAACAUUUUACAUAUGCAAUCUAUUUUUUAUCGUUUUAUAAAGAAUUUUAUUUUUAUGAAGUUUUGUUUAUAUUUUCUUUUUUUUUUUUGAAAAAGUAUCAAAUAUAAAACGAAGAAAAAAAAACGAGUAGAAAAUUAAACGGAUUAAAAGAAAUUGAACUAGAAAAUAAACAAAGAGAAAAAAAAUUGAUAAUGAUGAAAUAAGAUUUAGAAUGACUUCUAAGUUAAGUUGAAUUUCAAUAAUAAUUUUCUCUUUCUCUAUCUUUCUCUUAAGUUGUGUAAUGUAAUAACGAUUGAUUGAAAAAUAAACGAAAAAAAAUGGGAAAAUUAA